AUGGCAGAAAAAGGGUCACCUUUUGUUGUGGGGCUCCUGUUGAUGGGCAACGUUAUUAUCAUGCUCUCAGGACUGGCGCUUUAUGCUGAGUCUGUCUGGGUAACAGCUGAUCCAUACAAAGUGUACCCUAUCAUGGGGGUGUCGGGCAAAGAUGACGUCUAUGCAGGUGCCUGGAUCUCCAUUUUCACCGGGUUUUCCUUCUUUUGCGUCUGCGUCUUUGGCAUUAUCAGCCUCGUCCGUGGCAACCGGCUAAUGGUGUUGUUGUAUCUGGUGCUCAUCCUGGUCGUCUACUUGUUUGAGUGUGCGUCUUGCAUCACCUCCUACACGCAUCGUGAUUUUGUGGUUUCGAAUUCCAGGUUAAUAACCAAACAGAUGUUGUCCUUCUACUCUGCUGACACACAGCAAGGCCGGGAGCUGACUCGGAUGUGGGAUCGCUUCAUGAUGGAGCAACAGUGUUGUGGUGCCAACAAUCCCUUGGAUUGGGUGAACUACACCUCAGUCUUCCGAAGCAGGUACCCUGAAGCGGUGGCUCCCUGGCCCUUCUACUGCUGCAAGCGGGACCGUAACUUCAUCAUCAUCAACAAAGAGGGCUGUAGGCUGGGGCAUGUGGACUACAUCAACAGUAAGGGUUGCUUUGAGCACAUCAAGCACGCGGUACAGAGCUACGCCUGGGGUGUCUCCUGGUUCGGCUUUGCCAUCCUUAUGCUCACGUGUCCUGUUGUUCUUCUGGCUAUCUACCAUUACACCACCAUGUGAGGAAGCCCAACUGGUCAAGCUGAGUUUGCCC